AGACGAAACAAACUUUUCAUUGUUAGCAAGACCAAAAGUUGUUCCAGACAAAGUUCUAGUACAAAAGAAGUACACAAUUCCACAAGGAGUUGGUAUGUUCGGAUACCAACCCGAACCAGAAGAACUUCCAAUGAGGUUGCAAGAACUUCAAGAUGCUAUAAACAAACUUCCAUUGAGACAUCCAAUUGA